UAAAUCCAUCCAUCAAUUAGAAGAAAGAAGAAGAAGAAGAAGAAUGGAUCCGUGCCCGUUCAUCCGACUAAUCGUUGAAUCCUUGGCUUUAAAACUUCCACAAGCAAAAAAACCAGCUGGAUCAGGUGUCCAUCCAUCAUCCACUCCAUGUUUCUGCAAACUUCGCUUAAAAAACUUCUCCCCAUCACAAACAGCUCUCCUCCCACUCUGGUCCACUUCCGAUGAUUCCCCACCGGAUUCCGCCACCUCAUCUGCCGGUUUCCACCUCGAACCCACCAUACUCCGCCGCCUUGCCGCCAAACCCACAACCCUACACUUAUCUAUCUACACCGGCAGCAUGGGUCGCACUUGUGGUAUCACCUCUGGUAAAUUACUCGGCCGGGUUCGUGUCAGAAUUGACUUAAAGGGUACAGAGUAUCGUGCUUGUGUGUUCCAAAAUGGUUGGUUAAAGCUAGGGAAACAGCCGGAUAAACCAUCAGCUCGGUUACACUUGGUGGUCCGGGCUGAACCUGACCCACGGUUUGUUUUUCAGUUCGGCGGCGAACCGGAGUGCAGUCCAGUAGUGUUUCAGAUCCAAGGGAAUAUAAGACAACCUGUGUUUAGUUGCAAGUUUAGCUCUGAUCGGAAUUCCAGAUCACGAUCUCUGCAAGUAGAUUCCGGCAAUUUCACAAGAAGAUGGGUUAGUUCCUUUGACGCCGAAAGAGAACGUCCAGGAAGGGAAAGAAAAGGGUGGAUGAUCACAGUACACGAUCUCUCAGGCUCCCCUGUAGCAGCUGCUUCCAUGAUCACACCCUUCGUUCCUUCUCCAGGUUCUGAUCGUGUGUCACGUUCCAACCCAGGAGCAUGGCUAAUCCUCCGUCCUCACGGCUUAUCCAUCAGCAACUGGAAACCUUGGGGACGCCUGGAAGCAUGGCGAGAACGAGGUGCCAUUGAUGGAUUAGGUUACAAAUUCGAACUCGUCACUGAAAGCGGCACUACCAACAUUGGAAUCCCCAUUGCUGAGGGAACUAUGAGUGUCCGAAAAGGUGGAAAGUUCAAUAUCGACACUACUAGCACCACCACCACCAGUUGUGGUGGCGAAACGGUUAGAGGUGGGUUUGUGAUGGGUUCAAGUGUGGAAGGUGAAGGAAAGAUUAGUAAACCAAUGGUUGAAGUGGGUGUGCAACAUGUGACGUGUAUUGCUGAUGCUGCACUCUUUAUUGCAUUAUCUGCUGCCAUUGAUCUUAGUAUGGAUGCUUGUAGGCUUUUCUCACAUAAACUUAGAAAAGAGUUUUGUCCUGACCAACAAGAUUAUGUUUCUUAGAAUUUUGCUCUCCUAUAUGGGUGAGAAUCCAAAUAUUAUUAUUAUAGG